AUGGCCGCCGCCGCGUCCGCGAGCGCGGGCGUCUCCGCGCUCUCCUCGCGGCGCCGCGUCGCGCGAGGCGCGACGUCCACUCGCCGCGCGGCGUCGGCGGCGUCGUCGUCGUCGUCGACGACGACGACGCGUCGAUGCCGCACGACGACGCGUCGCGGUCUCGUCGUCGCCGACGCCGACGCCGACGCCGACGCGUCGUCGUCCGGGAAGAAGAAGGUGGUGUUCGUCGGCGGCACCGGGCGCGUGGGCUCCUCCGCGGCCGCCGCGCUCCUCGCGUCGGACCCGUCGCUCGAGAUCGUCCUCGCCGGACGCGACCGCGCGUCGUUCGACGCCGCGACGACGCGCCGCCCGUCGCUGUCGUCGUCGUCGUCGUUCGUCGCGGUCGACGUCGCCGAUCCCGCGUCGCUCGCCGCCGCCAUCGCGAACGCGUCGCUCGUCGUGCACAGCGCGGGGCCGUUCCAGGGCGGCGGCGACGGCGGCGCGGUACUCCGCGCCGCGAUCGACGCGAAGGUGCCGUACCUGGACGUGUGCGACGACGCGUCGUACGCGACGAGAGCCAAGUCGACUCACGCCGAAGCGAUCGCCGCGGGAGUGCCGUGCGUCGUCACCGGCGGCAUCUACCCGGGCGUGUCGAACCUCAUGGCGCGCGAUAUGAUCGACGCGAACGUCGCGGCGAGCGCGGAGGGCGAGGACGUGGCCGUGGAGUACGUCCUGUACUCGUACUUUUGCGCCGGCAGCGGCGGCGUCGGCGACACCAUCCUCGCGACGUCGUACAUGCUCUGCGGCGAGGACGUGCAAUGUUGGGAGGGGGACGAAGAGGUCGUGACGCGCCCGGCGACGCAGCGCAAGGUGGUCGACUUCGGGAAGAAGUGCGGCAAGCGCGAGGUGUUCUUGUAUAACCUCCCGGAGGUCAAGUCCGCGAGGGAGGUGUUCGGCGCGGAGACCGUGAAGGCGCGGUUCGGGACGUCGCCCGGGAUCUGGAACCUCGCGAUGACGACGAUGGCGUCCGUCGUUCCGAAAGAGACGCUGCUGAAUAAGGACACCGCGCGCGCGCUCGCGGGCCUGAGCGCGCCGCUCGUGCGGGCCGUGGACGCGAUCGUCGGCGAGCGGACCGCGAUGCGCGUGGACGUCAAGUUGAAAAACGGGAAGCUCGCGGGCGGGGUGUUUAAUCAUCCGUCGCUGAGCGUCGCGGUCGGGAACUCGACCGCGGCGUUCGCGGCGGCGAUGCUGCGCGGGGAGACGAAACCGGGGGUGUGGUACCCGGAGGAGGAGGGCGCGAUCGCGGACCGCGACGCGCUGUUCGCGCAGGCGUCCGAGGGGUGCGAUAACUUCGUGUUGAACAAGGCGGCGUGGAUGUUGGAGAGCAAGCCGAUCAACUUAGGGUUCGGGAUGUACCUCGAGGUGUGACGUGACGAUGGCGGGACUGCUGCGACGACUGCUUCGUUUACUUUACGACGCGGGGCGGC